AUGGCGGCCCCCCAACCUCCCUCCUCUCCCCGGCGGAGUCGUGGUUUCAGUGUCAAAUCUGAACAGUCACAUCGCUCCAGCAUCUCUGGCCACAAAAGCCAUCUCUCAGAAUCAUCCGAGGAAAAAGCAAAACGCAAUCUCCACACCAAGGCUGACCCUCUGAUCGCCAUGAAUGAGGCACAACCCAUGGCCGUUGCGCUGGAGAAGUCGAAUCUGGGCUCUCUGCGCGAGAUGGAGCACAAGGAUCAAUAUGGGAAUGUCAUCACUGACCCUGACUUGUCCAACCCGACUCGGCCCCGAAUGGAGCGCCCGCUCGACACAAUCCGUUCUUUCGAGGCAGCCAUCUACGGUACAUACAAUAAUAAUCGGCCCAUUUCAUAUGCCAGAACCGGUACGGACCACCCUGCACCGUUGCAGGAUCUCCCGGCUGACUCGACAUCCUCAGAUGAUGCAUCCCAGGUUGGCGACUAUAGCAGACGGACAAGCUACUAUGGAGGUCCCAACGCCUACGUGAACCGAUUCAGCGACCAGAACGGCUAUUACGGCAGCCGGUUUAAUCAAUCACGACCGGACAGCUUUGUUGACGCAUACCAGGGAUCGAGUCAGGUUCCGGAGAACUACUAUCCCUACAACCAGCAUGGCCGGGGGCGAUCGCGGCAUUACUCCCGCGUAUCGACCGACCAGGGAAUAUAUGGGGGCACUCCAUCACACAACUAUCCGCCCCAGACCUACCAGCGAUCCUACGACAACGUUACUGCCAUGUCGGGCUCUGGGUCUGGCUACACCGAUCCCUACGGGCAGUCGACCGACCCCAGCUCGCUGAAUAGCUCCAUGGACCAAUUGCAGCAGCAGGCCCUGCAGCAACAGCGUCUAGACGAGCGAGCUCAGGCCGAGUAUAGCUACCAGGGCUUCAGUAUGAGCCCCAACACGAAUAGCAAGGCUCUGCCGCCGGCGCCGGCGCCCGUGGCAGACCCCAACUGGGGUGGUCCUGUCGGUGGAGUGCAUGCUGCAGCUGGGGCCAAGCCAAGCCAUUUGCGCAAGAACACCAAUCGGUCAAAUGGCAACGAGAAGCGCAAGAGCUGGUUUAAGCGGAGAUUCAGCAAGGGUUAG